CUGAGCACGCUGUGCCCACGGGGUGCUCAAGCCGGAAGGGUCUGUGCUGGCGGCCGGUAACCGGGUGGCGGGUGGGAGUGGCCGUGUGUGGCGCCUAUGUCCCUUCAGCGUCGGGAGGAAGGGGCGGCCUUCGUUUUGCGGUCGGGGCGGCUCCGGGCCGCACCUCAGCCGGGUCCAACGGCGGAGACCGUCUCGCCGCCUCUCCAUGGCCUUCUCCCGCUUCCCGGGAUUCCCAGAUCUCCCCUGAUGCCCAUUUGUGGAUCCCAGAGCCUGCCAUGUAGUACGCAUUUAAAUAUUUGUUGUUAUUAAAUAGUAGAUGUUAGGCUGGCCGGUUGGCCUAGUUGGUGAUAACACCAAAGUCAAGGCUUUGGACGGCCAGCCGCCAAAAAAAAAAGGUUCUUGCAACACUGCCAGUAUGUCUGACAUUCAAGAAGCUGCUAACCAACUCCUGGAUGUGAACCUUCAUGAGGACGAGAGUUCUAUACAAGUGACAGACAAUGGCCUCAGAAGUGAGUCUGAGCAACUCCAAGUCAUUAUUGGAGCCACUGUACCUACUGGCUUUGAGCAAACAGCUGCAGAUGAAGUGCAAGAGAAAUUGGGGUCAUCAUGCAAAAUCAGCAAAGACCGGGGAAAGAUAUAUUUUGAUGUUUCAGUGGAAAGGCUGGCUCAGGUUCAUUGUCUGAGAUCAGUUGAUAACUUAUUUGUAGUUGUUCAGGAGUUUAAAGAUUACCAGUUCCAAAAAACAAAGGAAGAAGUUCUACAGGAUUUUGAAGACUUGGCUGGAAAACUCCCAUGGUCAGACCCUUUAAAAGUAUGGAAAAUUAACACCAGUUUUAAGAAAAAAAAAACAAAGCGCAAAAAGAUAAAUCAAAAUUCAAGUAAAGAGAAGAUUGAUAAUGGACAAGCAGACAAAACAGAUGAGAGAGAUAUUAAAAAAGAGUUCACUAACAAUACUUUAGAUUCACAAAUCUUAGACUACUAUGAAAAUCCAGCCAUCAAAGAGGAGAUAUCAACGUUAGUAAGUGAUGAUUUGGCAUCUUGCAGAGGUGACACUGAUGAAAUCUCAAAAGAAGAAACUGAGCCCCAAGUGCUGAAGUUUAGAGUCACAUGCAACAGGGCAGGAGAGAAACAUUGCUUCACCUCAAAUGAGGCCGCAAGAAAUUUUGGGGGUGCUGUUCAAGAUUAUUUUAAGUGGAAGGCUGACAUGACCAACUUUGAUGUUGAGGUUCUUUUAAAUAUCCAUGAUAAUGAAGUCAUCGUGGGCAUUGCAUUGACUGAAGAGAGUCUUCAUCGAAGAAAUAUUACACAUUUUGGACCUACAACUCUUAGAUCAACUCUUGCCUAUGGGAUGCUCAGGCUCUGUGCUCCUCAACCUACUGAUAUAAUAAUCGAUCCAAUGUGUGGAACAGGGGCAAUACCAAUAGAGGGAGCUACUGAAUGGUCUAACUGUUAUCAUAUUGCUGGUGAUAAUAAUCCACUGGCUGUGAAUAGAGCAGCAAAUAACAUCUCAUCCUUAUUGACCAAGAACCAAAUUAAAGAAGGCAAACCAUCCUGGGGCUUGCCCAUAGAUGCUAUUCAAUGGGAUAUCUGCAAUCUGCCAUUGAGAACAGGCUCCGUGGAUAUUAUUGUAACGGAUAUGCCAUUUGGAAAAAGGAUGGGGUCUAAGAAGAGAAACUGGAACCUUUAUCCAGCUUGCCUGCGGGAGAUGAGCCGUGUCUGUAGACCCGGGACAGGCCGAGCUGUACUACUCACUCAGGACAAGAAAUGCUUUACCAAGGCAUUAUCUGGAAUGGGACGUGUGUGGCGCAAAGUGCAUACAGUCUGGAUAAACAUCGGGGGUCUUCAUGCUGCAGUUUAUCUUCUGAAACGUACACCCCAAACUUUUGUUCAUCCUUCACAAGAUGGAGAAAAACUCCUUGGUAAUGCAAAGAAUGAAGAUGAUUAAUAGUAUUUGCAUUUCCCAACACGGAAACGUCAGCAUGAAGAACUUGCUUUGAGAGGAAAAUAGUAUUAACAAACGUUCAGCCUGCACUGUUUAAACCAGUCCAGAGUUCUUCACCCUGGUUAGCAAAAGGCAUGAAUGUAAUUGGAAUUGGAAAAAGUCUUGAGAGCUUUUCCUUGGAGCUGUUUUGAAGGCGUAGCUGAGCAAUUAGUAUUUUUUUUUUUAAAUGCUUAUGCUUUAAAGAUGCCUCGCGAAAAGCCUAUUAAAAUGCUGUGAGAUUUGAGUUUAGAACACUUUUCAGGUUUUAUAGCCUGUUUUCCACUGUGGCAAGUGGAAAGCUACACUGCCUAAAGGAAAGGCAGAGAACAUAAUCACAGCAUCUUAGGCCACAUCUCAUUGCCUAUGCAGCUUUGCUAUUCAGUUACUCAAGUUCUCUUUACCUCAACCCCCCCAAAAUGAAGCGUUAUUACAUUUUGUGACCAGUGUUUGCCCUGUGAGAACAUUAAAUCUCACAAGACCUAUAGGAAAGUUUACCACCUGCCUUAAAAAUUAAAAUACACAUCUGUUAUUCAGAUUAAUACAUAGAAAUAGAGAACUAGGAUUUAUCAAAGGGAUUACAAAGAUACUUUACUGUUUGUAGUAGUAUAAGACAUUAAUAUUUGUAAACAGCAAUACUGGUAGAUGAGAUGUGGGACCAACAAGCCAAAUUAAAUUUUCUUUCAGUACACAAAGGCAUGUGUUGCUUUUCAAAGCCAACCAUAAACCUGUCAAAGUAUUUUUUUUGUUGUUUAGUUUCUCAAAAAGAACUAGAGAAAAAAUUGAUGUAUCUUUGAAUGAAAAACUUUUAAUGUGGGGAUACUAUAAGCUUUUUUAUUUUCUCCAGGAUCACUAUUCAUUCUUUUCCAGUUGCAGCAAAUCCUUCCUGAGAUAGUUUUGUGGAAAAUGCAAUAACCUCAGCAUUAAGUCCUUGUGAAAAUGGUGCUUCGCUGGGACAAAGAACAGUUGAGCUUUUAUGUGGAACUCUUUAUAGUACUCAAGAGUUUAUUUUGGAGUAUCUGGCUGCAUUCAGCUUAGAUUUUCAGUGUCCUGUUAGUAAAAGUAUUACUCAUAAUACCUUUUGAUAUCUCCAUUUAGAAUAAAAGAACACAGUACUUCCUUCCUUUGAAAGGACAGAGUUCACAUUAGCAGCAUAGCUGGCAAUCUUAGUCUGGUUUUCCUAAUCUGCUACCCCACACUUGAUAAUGAAUUGGAAAUAAGACAUUUAUAAUGGUUUUAUAUCCUAGACUGGCAUUUUUAGCAUUAUCAGAAUGCACAGCUGCAUUAUUUAUGGAAUGAACAUGAAACAACUUCUGGUGAAAGAAACCAUUUAAACUUCAAACUAGGAAAGGGUUGGUCAGCAGUCCACAGCACCAGAAAGUACAAAGGACCAUGUCUGUUUCCACUACCAUUUUACCAAGUGCCUGGCACAGUACCUGCCACAGAGUGGACAUUUAAUUCUGUUGAACAAAUGCGUAUUUUUUGUAUUAGCUUAGUUUUUAAAAGAAAUGUAUCAGUACAUUUUGUGCUCGAUUCAUUAUAGCUUUAAUCCUAUUAAAUACUGUGAUAAAAACA